CUCAAUCUCAAUCUCUCCCCCCUUCUCAAUCUCUCCGGUGACUCCUCCUCCGCCCCGUCGCCGACUCCUCCUCCGCCGCUCCUCUGCCCCGUCGCCGACUCCUCCUCGUGGCGGAGAAUUCUAGCCCCUCCCUCUUUCAAAGCUAAAGUUUGGGUGUUUUGGAUUCUUCUCCGUUGAAGGCAUUAUGGAAGAGCCUGUGAAAGAAAACAAUGACAGUUUGGAGCAAUCAAAAGAAGACUUGAAACCUAAAUUUUUUAUGGAGUUUGAUUCUUAGAUUGAUGCAUAUGACAUUUAUAACGAAUAUGCACGUAGUGAAGGCUUUAGCAUUAGAAGAGCUGCUUAUGCUGCAGAUAAACAAGGUGUACUCACUUCAAGAACAUUUGUUUGUUGUAAGGAAGGUUUGCGGAAGGCGGAUAAGAGACGAUUUGACGAGAAAUCCAAGAGGAGAGACAAGGACUAAUUGUGGAGCGAUUAUGGGGAUUAAGUUGGUCAGGCGUAUUGGCAAGUAUUCUAUUUAUCAUUUCUCUGAAGAGCAUAACCAUCCUCUUAUCAGCCAAGAAUCUGUCCAUUUUAUGCCAUCUCAUCGAAAAAUCACAUCAUCAGAUGAAGCCUUUUUAGACUUGACAGCAAAUUCCGGUCUUUCGCCGAAGUCUGCAUUUGAAUUAAUGGGUCAGCAAGUAGGUGGUAGAGAGUCAUUAGGAUUUACAAAGGUAGACCAAAAGAAUUACCUUCGAACUGUCUGACAGAAAAAAAAAUUGGAGAAGCUGCUUAUCUGAUAGAAUAUUUUUCAAAGAAAAUGUUGGAAACUCCUUUGUUCUUCUAUGAGAUGCAGUUAGACACUGAGGAACAGAUUACCAAUGUUUUUUGGCUGAUGCUAAAAUGAUAAUGGAUUAUGGUAUAUUUGGUGAUGUGGUAAGUUUUGAUACAACUUACAAACUUAAUGAAGCAAAUCGACCAUUUGCGGUGUUUGUUGGAUUAAAUCAUCAUAGAGGGACUAUUAUUUUUGGAGCUGCCUUAAUGUACGACGAGACCGCAUCAUUCUUUAUAUGGUUGUUUGAAACCUUUUUAAAGGCAAUGUGUGGGAAGCCUUCACAAACCUUUUUUACUGAUCAAGAUGCAGCGAUAGCCAAGGUUGUAUUACAUGUGAUGCCAGGUACUUACCAUAGACUUUGUAUAUGGCAUUUGAUGCAAAAUGCUGUCAAGAAUGUUGGCUUCUUAUUUCGAGACCACAAUGAAGCAGAUGAAGGCAAUGUGUUCAACAAAUUUCUUUAUCAAAUUGAGGAAGAGGAUGAGUUCUUGAGUGCUUGGCAGUCCAUGCUUGAUGAGUAUGAUGCACAUGAUGAUACUUGGUUGGCUGCAACAUUUAAAAUAAGAAAAAAAAUGGGUGCAUGCAUAUGUGAAGUGGACAUGGUCGGUAGGAAUGCAAACCACACAACUGAGUGAAAGCUUUAAUGCUAGUUUGAAGGGGUAUUUGAAAUCAGACCUACAAUUGCCCGAGUUUUUUACUCACUUUGUAAGAAUGGUAUUUGAUAAGCGGUAUAAGGAAUUGGAAGCUGAGUAUGAUUUGUUGUUCCGGAUUGUUCACUGCAAAAUGGAGGUAACUAAAGAUCCAAGACAUUGCGAUGCAAUGGACCAAUCUCAUGUACCUUCUUCACAACAAUCACAGGUACUUAUGCACUCUCCUAUGACGGUUGGUAAUGGUAGAUAUAUGCCAAUGCUCUUUCAUCCGUAUAACAUACAUGGGCAUCAAUUGAAUAUGCCAAGUUCACAAGAAUUUGUUCAAUCAAAUAUCAUGGGAUUUUCAUUUGCACAAGACCCAGAAAAAUCAAAUUCUGAGCAGAGUUCAACUCCAAGAUCGAACAUUUCUACAACUUUCAAGGGGGAUAACUGGUCUGCUACUCCUCUACACUGUGUACCUGAACAGAGGAGCUCUAAUACUGAUAUUAACAAUUUAACAUAUCUUUGCCUGGGGCUUAAGGAGAUGGAAUUUUGUUUGCUUGCAUUUCUAACUAGCUUCCUGUAACUUUUGUUGUGAAAUUUAGACGUGUUCUUGAUGGAACUUGUGUUAGGAUUCUAGACUGCUAUUGUUUACACUUGUGUCUCAGUUUUUUUCAGAAAGGCAAUGGAGAAGCCGAGGUUGUGGAAAUAGACGACCUUACCAGAGAUUUGAGACCUCUGAAGACUACUUGCUUGAGACCUCCAAGGACUGUACCCUUGUUUUGUUUUUGUUUUCGUUAGUAUGGUUCUGUAGCUUGGAAGCAGUGUGAAGCAUCAUUUUUUUUAUUGGAAAUAGUAUAAGAAUUUAUCAUCACUAUUAGAAGUUUGAAACAACUAGACCAUUGUGAAACAAUGUGUUAUGAUGACUCUAUUGGAUGAGUCGAAUUUUCUAUAUACUGCUUAUUAGA